AUGCCAGAGGAGAGGGGAUCAGGGAUGCGAUAUUUGCCCGUGGGACACGAGUUGAAUGGCAAUGACCGUUUGAAGGAAAUCUCUGGGAGCCGUGAAUCCAAAUUCUACAACUCCCACGAGCAUUUCGUCAUUGAAAUCGUUCGGUGCAGCUCCAACAGCACUACCAGCGUCACAAGCGACACCCCUAAGCGAGGCGGAUGGUCAAUCGGCAGCAGCCUCAUCCCAUUGUCACAACUAGCCGCAGCAGCAUCGUCACAAGCAAUAGCAGCCGCGUCAAGCUUCACCAAUUCUGGCUCCGAAGUGGGCAUCUUUGCUCAGGUCAUCAUAGCCAUUGGUGUCCUUCCAAUCGAAGUACUUAUCGUGACAAUUGUGCUUGGAAUCCAUAGGCUUAUGCAUCGAAAGCCAUCACGACCUCUCCGGACUAGGGUCGAUAUCACGAAACCAAAACGCGACUCACUACCUUACCUCCAGCCAAAGGCAGAGCUGGAAGAUGAGCAGAGAAGAAGGCAUGAGUUACAUGGCGAGCACCUCGUACAUGAAUUGGAUGGUAAGGAUGAGAUCUAUCAGAUGCCUGACGAGACGGAUAGUCUGGUCCUGCCUUUGCAGGGAAGACCAGGCAUACAUGAGAUGCCAGAGGGGAGUCAUGUGAGCUGGGAGAUGCCUCUUCAAGGAAGGCAUAAGGUGAUGGGUUGUGAGAAUGCUCAAGAACUCGAGUCUCCAGCCCAGAAGAGAAACGAGUCCAUCAGAGUGGAACGUCCGCAAGAGCUUGAGUCUCCGGUACGGUCAAGGAAUGAGCCCAUGGUGUUAGAGUCCGCUCAACAGCUUGGCUCUCCAGUAGGAGCAAAGAACAAAGUGGAAGACGCUCAGGGUCUUGCCGCUCCGGUUGAAGAUCCCGUUACAGACUCUACGCAUGUCAACCCAAGUCGAAGCCAUUUCAUGUUGAGGCAGCAACAAAUGUUAGACAUCGAUGCUGUAACGGUAACAGCUCAGAACGACGCCAGUGAAGCAUGA